GAGUGAUUAGGAGUGCGUGUGUGCAUAAGAGAGAGAGAGAGAGAGAGAGAGCGAGAAAGCAAGAGAUAGAGAGAUAGCAGAGCGCGGCAAGCGGAACGAAGUAGGAAGUGAAAGAAACAGAAGAGGCGGUAAAGUUUCGGUUGGUGAUCGCGGCUCGCCCCAAAAGUACGUGUUGGAAAAGUGUGCUCCCCCUCCCUCGAUGAACCCCCGUGGCCUCCCAUGGUCAGGGUUGGUGCAGAGUUGCUUUGGUGAAAAUGCUGCCGAGCUACCGUGCCCAGUGGAAAAUGUCUGCGGCUACCGUGGAUUGAAGGCCUGCUGCUGCUGCCCGUGUGCCUGCACGCAGAUUUGCGUCCGCUCUGCUGCUGUAAAAUGUACCUGUGCACGCGCCUCCGUUACAGUCUGAACGGGCAUAGCCGGUGGUGAAACGGUGGUGAAGAAACAGGAAAAUAAGCAAAUUGGUGUGAAUCUCCCCCUCCCCAAUAGCAGGUGUGUGUGUGCGUGAGCGAACGGAGCUGAAGGUGACAGUGGCUGAAACAUUGAUUAACGGGCGUCGAGGUUGACUUCGUCUAGAAAGUGGAUUCGCUGUCUUGUCAGGCAGUGUAUAGAGCAAAAAGAAAAGCGAAAAAAGCAGCAUAGUGCAAGUGUGGUUCUGGCUGAGCGAGAUUUGGUCCAGCAUUGCGGCAGGAGUUGCUGCUGGCUAGUGCUGGGUGGGUUCCGUGCGCUUCAAUAUCCCACGUUGCGUUCGAAACCACCGACUUGAGGGUGCGAGGAGACGAACCCGACUCGGUAGAGGGCUGGUGGGUUGCCUGCUGCUAAAGGCGUUGGUGGUGGCCGUGCUGGUCGGCAGUGCUGUGACAGCGGGAGGGGGGUGACGGGGAUGAGGCUUGGAGGAGGAAAAUUCUGAGGAAAACAACGACCCGCAGUGCGUCUGCGCGCUUCCGAAUGAGUGAAAAGCGAUGAAGUGAACUGCCCUUCAGUGCCUGCCGCACACAACACAUGCAAUAAUACGCGCACACACACACGGGCACACACUCACAGCAUAGAAUCGUUCAUACCUAUACUCCCAAGCUGACACUAGCUGCCACACCGACACACUCACACACAUACACUCGCACAGACUAGCUAACGAGUGUCGGACAGCGCCUUUGCGCGAGGACGCAUCUCAGUGGUUCAGGGAAGGGGCAGGGAGGCGGCAGGAUAUUCGAAACUCGAUUCAAUCGAUCGUUCAAUUCGAACAGUGCGUGUCGGCGAUGGCAGAGUGCUCCAGUGAAGCGGGUCGGCGCUAUCUUUCACCGCGCUACGUCGGAGGCGCUGUACGGUAGUGCGCUCGCGAGGGGCCGUGGCCGGAAAAUCCGAGCGUUUCGAGGACCCGUGCGGACGGGUACGCGGUGGGCCCGCGGUACGCGCAGGUUGCCGCGGUGUUACUGACCGGUGCACGGACACCAGCCCGGAUCGGCCCUGGUGCAGUGGGGCGUGGAGCUUGUGUGUGCGUGUGUGGGCUAGUGCGGGGGAGGGGGGAGGAGUGCAGUUCCGCGUGUGUGUGUCGACGGAUGAUGGAGCCGGGCGUAGCGGUCAUCCCAUCGCCUGCACUGCCGUCGUCGCUGUCGUCCGGACUGCUGUGAGCAUAUUGGGGCGGAUUGGCGUGUGUUUGCGGAACUAGGCGGAAGGAAUUAGCUAAUCACGCGGGGCGACCGCCGUCGUGCUCGCCGCUCGACCGUCCUCCGGCGACUACAAUUUCCGGUGGGCAGGUGCCGACGGAUGUCGCGUUUAUCGCCAGCGAGUGUCGAUGCAGCGAGGGGGCUCAAAACAGUGCCCCCUAGGUCACUCUUUUGAGGCAUGUCGUAAUGGCAAGGGAGGAGUCUCGUGGCAAGAGGCCUUUAAAAAUCUGGGACAGUUGGCGCAAUGUCCGUAAAGGUCUCGUAGUAGGUAGCUUCGAGGAGCUAAUAGUUAGAGGAAAAGAUAAAUUAGGAGUGCCAGCCUCCGAGCCCGUGCGAUUGGUGUUGGAAUGCGAUGGCACACAGGUGGAGGAUGGCGAGUAUUUCAGGACGUUAGCGAAUAAUACCGUUCUGCUUCUGCUGCGGCAAGGUGAACGUUGGUAUCCUACGGGUGUGGAUGUAAUUAAAGCUGCAAUAUCAGCAAUACCAAAGAUCGUUUGCGAAACUAUACAUGCAUUGGAGCUGCAGGAUGAAACACCCUCCUGGAAGAUUAUGGAUAACAAGGGUCGAGUCACAGUUGUGUUGCAUUGGGAUCAGCGGCAAGGCGGCGGCCAAGGGGGCGGCGGCGGUGGCGGCAGCAGCAGUAGCGGAGGCCCGGGCGGUUCCAGCAUCGGGCUAAGCAACGGUCCGACGUCGGACAAGUUUUCGCCGUCGAAGAAGAGCCUGUCGACGCAGAACUCGAUCGACAAGUCGUCCGUGUCGAGCCAGCCUCGCUUCCCCAGUCCGCAAAUUACCGUGAUCAACCACGAUGAUCCCCAGUCGCAGAUGUACCAUUCGGCCCGGCGGCUCUCCAAGCAGGGCGGCUCGUUCGACAGUGCGGUCGGGGCGGUGCACGUGCACACGCCCGAGUGUGCGCACCACGCGCACAUGCCUACGCGGGCCGGCAGCCCCGGCGCGACCGAGUGUGACUUUCACUGCUGCGCCCUGCACGAGGAGGGACGCAAGAUUGCGGUGCACAAGAAUGUGGCCACCUCGCCCAUACAAGACGGCUCUGCCAGCCCGCAGCCGCCCCCGAGCAGCCUGUCGGACAGCCGGCGCACCUCCACGACCAAGGGGCACGUGCGCUUCCUGGACAUUGGGCCCGAGCGGGACAGCUCCGAGAGCGAAACGGAGAACACCGUAAUGGAGGACGAGACGGUGACGUCCGAGAAGUUUCUGCUGCUCAUCGACCAGCUGUCCGUCGACCAGAAGCGGCACCUCAGCAUCAAGGACAUCGGCAUCAUACUGGAGCGGCUGAGCUCGAAGAUACUCGACGUCGAGCGGUUGGAUCGCGAGAGCGAGUCCGACGAUUGCUACAACUGGACGAUCAAGGCGACGAUACGCGGGGACGCGCUGCGCGAGCUAGGUGUUAUUUACAAUGGAAACUAUUACGCAAUAUCAGAGCAUCCGGGCUACAAGGAGGAGAACGAGGAGAACGGCGAGGAUGCAGAGGAAGAGGACGAGGAUAGGUUAUAAAAUCCGCAACCUGGUUGCUUGAGCGGGAGCGGCUCGCGGUUGCAGAUAAGCCCUCUGUAAGCCACCGAAUGUUGGUCAAUGCGCCCUGUGUUGGCAGGCCGCGCACCACCUGGUGCCGGUGCGGUGCGCGCCAUUCCUAGUGAUUAUCUUUAUAUUUAGCCGCUAGUAGCAGCGCCACCCAUUUGCCGCACCACCUGGUUCACUUCUGGCCAGGGGAACCACUCCACCCCCCCCCCCUUCCUCCUCCUGCUCCCUCCCACGGAGGUAGUGCUCUCUGUGCUAGGGCGGGCAAUUGUUUUGGAACGGGGUGGAAUUCAGGGAACGAAAACCCUAAUAUUAGCAUAUUAGCUAUGUUUGUGUGUAUGUGUGUGUGUGUAUGUGAGUGUGCACGUGUAUGCCGGAGAAUUUUGUACCCUUUGUUCGAGAGAGACCGAGUGCGCUACAGGAGGGAAGGGUAUUGUAGGCGGAAGCAGCAAUCACACGGACAGACAAACCACACCUCCUCACGCACACGUAGCAGCAAAACAAACCGAAAAGAAACACCUCCAACUACUGUGUAGCAUUUUGUACGGCGUACGAUUCAUCGUUCAGGAUCGGGCAGGCGAUCGGUUCCUCGAUCCGUAGUCGAUUAGCCAGUCAGUCGCAUAAAACGAGCUGGUUGAGAAGGGGGAGGGGGGACGGCAAACAAGUGCCAAAGGAGAAGUGACAGAUUCAUCACCCCAGUUCGGAAAGGCGGGUGAAACGAAGACACACACACACACACGCUCAACAAUUGCAUCAAAUUGCUCCAGUUUAUCCACCAAGUGCAGUUCAAGCUAAAAUGCGCCAGCGAAUGACCUGACUAGGCGAAACAAACACAAAAAACUUGGUUAUUCUAGUUAAAAAAAAAAAAUGAUAAUUAAACCCCCUCCCUCUUCACAAGGAAAAACACACACGAACACACACACAAGACAACACAAAACUGGGCUAGCGCCAGAGUGAGAACUCGUUAAUAUAAAGUAAAACUCGAAUAAAAACCUUACAAUGAUAAACAAAGCAAAACAAAAGUAAAGUAAACGACGCACUGCACGCCAUAAUAGCCAAACUAUAAGGCAUCAAACAAAAACAAACUUAAACAAAAAAAAACAUGAACAUAAUAAAAAAACAACAACCGGCAUGAGUGUAGUAGAAAAUGAGAACAAUGUUUUUAAAAACGCUGCCAGUUACGAAAGUAAAUUAUAACGAUCAAUAGUGACAAACAAAGAUGUCGAAUUGCGAAAAAGUGGGAGAGAAAACAAACAAUGGAAGCGAAUAUCAAACACGAUAGACAUUCGUAUCGUUACAAGCGAGCAAAACAAAAAAAAAAGAAAAGAAAUGCCAAAGGUGGUGUUGUGAAGCAGAGCAAACGAAUAAUAGAACACAUUCAAAUGUUAUAAUGAUCUGCAAUCACAAUACAAACGAAUUGGACUCAGAAGAGGUGAGGGCUGACGGAGGGACAAAAACAAAACAAAAAAAUAAAUAAACCGCACAUCAUUGUAAUCAUUACCUAGAAGAGAAACUAACGAAAAAGUAUUACUAAGCUGUGGCGAUCGAAGGGGUGGUAGAGUAUAACAUAAAACGAAGCAAUUAAAUUAAACGGAAGAAGCAGAGAAAAACAGAACAAAAGUCAAACUUUAAAACUGGCACUGUGAAAGAGAAGAAAACUAAGUCAUAAAGAAAAUCCACGAUCCAUACAAACGAAAUAUCGUAAACGGACGUCGUAUGGUCGGGUUAGCUUGUUAUUAAAAACAAACAAAAACCUACAAAAAGUAUAAAUCAUUGGAUUGGACUUGAACCGGGAGCGAUCGUGUAUCGAACAUUUGUAGUUGAACGAAAACAAAAAAUGAGAGUAAUAAAACCAGUGUGCGAAUGCAACAAGAGGACAAUUUCAAGCAAGUAGGGUAAACAGCCGUACUAGACUAGAUUUAUUUGUAAAGUAUAUAGGAAGUGCAAGUGGAAGCAGGAGUAACGGGAAACCAAAAUACUACUUGCACGAUGCCGUUAAAACACAUCUAAUUCGAUGAUAGAAUUUGAAUAAAUUUCAAAUAACCGCAACCCCAUACUAAGAACAGCUGGGCGUGAUUUAAUUUAAUAAAAAAAAAACACUUAGCAAUCGUAAACCGAUAGAGACGUGCUCGUUAGUGGCAAAAAUACACUGACACACAGAAAAAGAAAACCAAAACCAAACAUGCAACCCUGAUUAGACAGGCAACGGCUGGAUCAGCUCACUAAACAGCGACACAAACACACAAAAAAGACACUUAAUAGUACGAAAACCUUUAAUUGCAAAAGAAGAGUCUCAGUUAAGGCAGUUGUUAUAAUGAGUGAAUACAGUUGAACAAACAGUGACAGCAGCAGAGGAAAAGAAACGCUACAGAGACAGAAGUGAGAAACAUGGACAAAAAAAAAACAAAACAAAACAAAACAAAAAGUAAUAAUAAAUAAUAACAAAACUAUAGAGCUCGGCAGCCCGCAACGCAACUACAAACGUGCCAUCAAGGACACUAUGGUAAUCUAAUUGAGUAUUUGAAGAUAAUCGUACAACAUGACACCUUUUCCCGCUCCAGUUCCCAUUCCCUCCAGAAAAUUAUACGCUCCCCUAAAUCCUCAAAACAAACAAAUGUAAUGGAAAACAAACGACGUUCUUACUUGCACCACUACCACAACACGAGAGUUUAAUCGAACAAACAAAAAAAAAACAAGAAAAACCCCAAAUAAAACAAAGAUUUAGAAAAAAAACAUAAAUUGCCUAUCAAACUGGGUGGCAAAACAGAUAACGCAAAAAACACAAAAUAAAAAACAAAAACACACACAACCACACACUAACCAAGAUAGGGUUCAGACCCAGCACAGGUGUAUGCGAUGAAUGGUAUAUGGUACGUUGCUGGGUACUGGAACCGCUUUGGGUAAAAUAAUAUAUAUUAUAUUAUUGGUAAAUGAGUAUUUGCAGCAGAUGUUAUCAUCGACGGGGAAAUCGUUCAAUGAUUAUGCUACAAGUAAACUUGUUGAAGGAGUCGUGUGUUAAAGGAGGAGGAGGAGGAGGAGUAAAAAAAGUGCAAUAAUCAGUCAGACACGUCAGUCACGCGUAUACUUUUUUCGGUGAAAAUACGUACACUGCGAGAGCAGUAAAUCAGUGGGAACCAGCCCCGUUUGGAGCUGGAGGUUGCCAAUCAGGACGCAGCAGAUAUUUACGUUUGGCUGUAUUUCUUGUUUGUACACUCACUCACCCCCAAACACAUACACAUACAAACACAAUGAACACACUUAGUGAAAAUGGCAUUGUUUGGUACCGGUGCAGGAGGGAGUGGAAGCGUUUUGCGCCUCGAAGUGGCGAAACACUGUAUGCGCGGUGGUUUCGGAAAAUUGGAAUCGAAAUAAAAAAAAACGUAAAUGUAUUAGAAAGUAUGCACAUAUGCACAUAUUGCUGUGUAUACGUGUAUGUGAAAUUAUGCAUGUACAUGUGUAUAUUUGUAUGUGUGUGUGUAUGUGUAGAGGUGUAUGUAUGUGUGCGAUCGAGGGGGGGGGGAGAUGUCGGUCGAAAGGGGCGAGCUUGAAAGUGGAGUAAUGCUGGACUGGGUGCAAUCUGUGGUAGUUUUGGGGCGUAAUACUCUUACCGUUUGCCUCUAAAGUUCACUACAGUUGCAACUGAUCAGGCUCAAAUGCGUACAUAGGACUACACUGCGCAACGUCUGCACCAAGCGUCUUCUUUCCUCGUAGUUCUGGUAACGGUUGCUGCUGUUAAUUUGCAUGUGCGUGUAUGUUUUUAGGUAACAGUCUUCUUUUCCAUCAACUAUUAGACACGCACACACUUACACUCAGACACAAACAGUACCUGUGUAACAAAAGGUUGCAGCGCGAAGGCUAUUUGCAUGAAUGAAGGGCUAUUUGCAUGAUAGUCCGCUAGGGGACGGAAUUUUACGUUUAUUCGUAACAGAAAAGAGCCCCCAUCUCCUUGACGCAUCGUGAAGUAGAUUUAUUUACUUUUUAAGUUAAUAAUAGUGUACCACUGCCAUUAGUUAUCAUAUAAAUCGUAUCAGGGUCGGGAAGAAUCUUUUUUUUUAUAAAAUUAUGAUUAAAAUGUCUAUAAUGGUUUUUAAAGGUGUUUGCUGUUAUUGAGCCUUCAAAAACUUUUAUUUGGCCAAUAAUUUAUAUUAAAGGAAGUACAAACACUCCCACACGCACAUUCAUUACUUACGCAAGAGCACUGGAACAACGUUUGUUCAACGUAAAUGCAUUAUCGCUAAAGAAGCAUCUGCAGUUUAGACGCCUUAGGUCGGAUCAUUGUCAACGAGAUUGUGUGUUCGCUUCAAAAACCUGUUUCGUGAUUGACUGCCAGUAUUCCUAUCUUUUGUCACCUCAAUUUGCCAAAAAACGCAUGUCUGCCAAUUAUCUAUCCUGUGCCAAAUGCUACAUGUGGUCUGAUGAAGGUAGAGAGUCGAAGAAACUUUUUUUGCCUAGCUCGAGGAUAUUUAGUACGAUAAUAAGAAUAAUGGCUUUUGUAACUUUUGUAUGUACCGGCUAUCCGUUUUUAUAGUAUUAAUUUAUUCUUGAACGAUUCAUUGAAUGGUAUGGAUUGGUUUUUUUUAUCAGAUGCUCAAGGAUGUUCGUAACGAAAGUGAGUUGAGCUUCAUCAAGAUCUACCGGCAGCACUCGAUUCGCCACACCACUGGCUAAGAUUACCUGUUUUCUCUUUGCUCUGUAAUCAGAAUCAGGAGUGGAAGUAAUAAGCAAAUAGUAACAAAUCUUGUCACAGUGUACAUGAAUGGAUACGUUACUUUGUUAAUCCAUUGUAUGUAUAAUGAGUACCCGGUUUAAAACAGUAACAAGCAAAACUAAACAAUCUUUAUCAUCGGUGUAGUUGUGUGUUGAGUUCUAAUAAAGCCGUGCGGAGAUGGCUUCCGUCACUUUGGUUGCUACUGUUUCUUGCAUGAUGCAACGUGCACGCGAAACUUCUUACCAUCUACCAGUCUACAGUUUGAUGGAAUUUAGUUACAAUCUUACGUCUCCUUCUCUACUGUGCAGCAACAAUAUUCCAGACAGAAAAAUGGAAAUUUUAUACGUAUUUAUUUUUGCUUGAAAUAUGUUUAAGCCAUAUCCAAUAACGAACCAUCGUGUUCGGUUUAAAUGUUAUCGAGGCGUUGCUCAAAUUAGCAGGAAAAUACACACGCCAAGCAACGUGACUAAUACAACAAAUCAUUGAAUACAUAAAUAGGUACUGAUUCGUAAAACCAAACACAAAAAGAACAUAUUAAUUUGAAAGCAGGUGUGGAAACGUCAAGUGAGAAACGGCUAAUACGUAUGAUUCCGACAAGAGCGGAACGAUACAAACGAGCAACGUACCUAAGUAGGAGGGCAAAUCAAUUGGCAAGCGAGCAGUAAACCCUGCCCAAUGAUCGCGGGAAAAUCCGAUGUGUUGUGCUAUCUUGUCCCGGUGAAAGAAGGGCACCGGGAAUUACA